CCUGAUUACCGCGGCUUUUCAUGUAAUGUUGCUCAAUGGCGGGCAAAAUGGUUGGAAAUCUGGCUGGUCGUUUGGCUCUUGUUACAGGCAAGUUUUAACUUAUACCUUGAAUAUGAAUAAUACUACAUAACCUAAUUUCUCAUUAUGCAAUGUUUUUAUCCAUUCGGUCGUAGUAUGUAGGGAUAUAAUUUAUAUAAUUUGAUUUAAUGGCUAGCAUCGUGUAAAAUUCUGUGUGUGACGAGGUGUGUAAAUGUCGUAUCUGGACUUUGUGCCAGGCAGUGUUUGUGCCAGCAGGGGAGACAACGUGGGGAAUUACCAAUGUAUUUGAAAUGUUCUUUAUAAGCUGUUUUACUUCAACAUUUGAUUCAAUAUAAAAUAUCAAGAUACGUGGCAACUUUGUCGUAUAUAAAACAUUGUCACAGACUGUAUUUUAGAACACUUGAGAGAAAUAUAUUGAUGUUUGUUUAAAUAUCCUGUCUUGGUUUGUACAGUAUUUAUUAUGCAACUUUGAAAGGAUUACAGUAUAUUUUUAUAAUUGCAAAAUUGUAUAGAUUAAUCAAACGUCUGUUUAAUUGUUAUGCUUGUUUUGGUUGUGGGUUUUUUUGUCAAUUGUCAUCUUGUAAAUAAUUUAUGCAAAAUGAUUGAAUACCGAUUUAGCCAUUUUAACAAUGCGCCCAAAUGCAUUCUAAUUUAUUAUACAUACAUACAUACAUACAUACAUACAUUACACACUCUGUCUAAUUUAAGAUGAUUUUACUCUUCAAGUGGAGAGUCUUACAUUUAAUGGUUCAUUAUAUACUAUGCAAUAUUACAGUGUCCCUGACUGGAAAAUUUGGAAAUUGCACAGCCGAGAUUUCGAAAAUUUAAUAGUAAUUAUAUAGAAAGCAUCAAAAUUUCACGCCUGAUAUGAUGAUAUCUUGGUUGUGCGGUACAAAAUUUCCACACUGGACAGUGUCUUUAAUUAAUAUUUUGAAGGUGUUUAUUUCAAAAAUAUGUAAUGUAGAACAUGUAUGCACAAGUUUUCCUACGAGUAAUAUGUACAUUCCAUUUAGCCUGUGGUAUAAUUAUCUCCAUUCGGGUAUGUUUACAUGAUCCAGGUUUGCCAGAAUGGGAUGGGAAGCGGGAUGGUUUUGAUGUAAUGAAAUAAUUCACUAAGGCUUUGCUUCAGCAAAAUUUCAAACACCAGUUAAAGGAACUGAAAUGUUGGCAAGAAGAUCUUGUAUUUCAAGAAGAUUAUUAUGCUGCUUGAACAAUGUACGACUGUGGCAAGUUUGCAUUGUAUUUUGGUAGUGAAGUUCUUAUAUUUUCUAUAUUUAAUUGCUAUACGUUCAUCGAAUCUUGUGUGUGCAAUUUUGAAACUUUCCAGUCAGGGACAAGGGUGUUGGCUCUCAGUGGGUUAACGCCUUAUGAUUUGAACUAAUGUGAACAUUUUUGGCAUGCAUUGAAAUCAGCUUGUGUUUUAAUUUACAUCAGUUUUCUUGCUCAUAUUACUUUGACCUUUGAAAAGUGAAGUCAAGAUAGCAGAGAUUGAAGAGCUAUUGCAAGUUAGUUCCAGUUCCUUUCUGCCUGGUUUACACAAAGCAUGCAAGGAGUUUGCUGAAAUUUCGUAUGGACAUCGAUUGGUUUUAUGAACUGAUAACUUGUUUAGCGAUACAGUCUGUUAGAAAAAACUAGCAGGGGAAAAUUAAUGCCAUUAAAACUUCUUUACAACCUUCAUAGCUAUUGAACAUCAAUUUCUGCCAUCCUGGCUUAACUUUUCUCAUAGCCGGCUGACUGAAGUUCUUGAUGAACAUCACGAACUUGCCAAAGAAAAGAUUGUUUAUCUCUUAAUUUCUCUGUCAGUCUGUAAAUAAACAAUCUGUCAACUAUAUCAGCAUAGUCAUCAGCCGUUUGAAUAUUGCAACAAAACCAAGAUGAGCUGGCUUGUAACCAUUGCCAGGAUAUAUCACACUCUUGAGACAUUUUGACAUAUUCUUCAUUCUCUAUAUAUGCAAGCUGUAUUCAUUCUAUAUAAUACAAGUUGUAUAAUUAUGCAAGCUUCAUUCUUUAUAGCAGCAAGCCUGGUCAUAUGUAUUUUACAGGUGCGUGGGAUAUCGCACGCCAUAUUAAGGUCAGGCGCGCGAUUGCCAAACGGUCAAGAACUACUGUACACUUAUUAAGAGACUAGAUUCAUUGAUUAACGCUGACAAAACGAUUUUAACAUUGAAAUUUAAACGAAAGUAGUAGUACUAGUUACUAUAUAUAAUGUAUCUGGCAAUAUGUAUAUAAUAUCUACUGUACAUAGGCUAAUGUAUUUACAAUUUAAACGUCAAUGUCAAUAUCACUAGUGGUCUUGUUUUCAGACGAGCUUGACCUAUCCUCAUUGUCAACGUCUAUUGUGUCUCUCGAUUAUUGGUUGUUUGUGUUUUACAUGCAAGAAGAAUUGGGCAAAAUAAAGUCACUUAGAGGCAAACAUUGAGGUGCGCGAUUUCAUACUCGAAAAGCAAAUGAGGCGCGUGGCAAAAUGCGCACCUUGAUGAGCAUAUAUGAGUCAAGGCGCGCGCGCAAUCGCUCGCCUCAAACGGCGAGGUCUGUAAAUAAAUAAGCAGGUUGUGCAUUGCUGCUGAAUAGAUUAUUUAGAAAUUUCAUGCAUCUUUAAAUCAUGUUUUUUCUCUGUGUGUGACUGUUUUCAAUUAAUUAAUAGUAACUAUAUAACUUUUAUUGUCCGUUUUCCAUCGCAUAAAUGAUUAAUCGUUUAAUAAGAAGUUUAGUCAAUUAGUGCCAAAUAGUAGGACAAAGCACCUUUAGACUAUGCAAGAUGGAACAGUCUGCCUAAUUUCAUAAAGGAGACAAAGUCACUAGUAUAUAUAUAUAUAUAUUUCUGAUUAUGCUUUUAUUAAAGAGAACUGCUAAAAGGCGGGCAAUAAAGGUUGAUAUAUUUUUGUUAGAGACUGUCUUGAUUAUAGUGUAAAUAAUAUGGUAUAAAGAAUAAAAGGACAGAUAUAUAGUUACAUAAGAAGUUUAUAAUGACGGUACCUGGUACUUACUACCAGAUCAGGGACAUGUUACCAAUCUGUGCCUGGUACCAAAGGUAUUAAUCUUCUCGAUUUUAUUGUGUAAGGGUUACAUAUUUUUUACAGAAAUUAAUUAAAUAUUAGCAGGGCGCAGCCCAAAGCUCCAUGACUGCAUAUAAAGCGUCACGAUUUUAGUUUGGCACGAUUUAAAGCUUUGCUUGUACGUGCCUUUAAGUAGAACAAAUGAAAAAUGUGUCAUAUAACCUAAACAAACCACGAUCGCAGUGUGUAAAGAGUGAGUUUGGAAAAUUCAACUGAAAUGAAGAUUGAAGGCAUCAACAAUAGCAUUUUUACUCUAACACAAAGGCGACUAUAAAUUGUAUUCCCUUGAGUGUUCUAACACGCCAUGGUGGUUCAAACUGCUAAAAACUACUUUGAACAACUACGCCGUUUGAACAAUCAAACUUUACGUAAUAUUUAAAGCACGCGUAGGAGUGUUUUAUCACAUAUAAAAUACGACGCGUUGCGGAGUGUUUUAUAUGUGAUAAAACACGACUACAAGUGCUUUAAAUAGCUUCAAAAACGACUCAUCUUAUACGAGUUCAUUGGCGAAGUAAUUUUUAAAAUAAACUUUGUCUAAACCGAGAAAAUCAAAGCUAAAGUUUAUGUAAAUUAACGUGAUUUUUUAUCACAUAUAAAACCACGACACGCUUAUGAUUUUUCUUUGUGUUUUGCUCCUGAAUUAUUAAUGAGUUUUUGAAAUCAUUUUCACGACUCAUAACCUGCACGCCAACAGUUAAAACGUUCAUUGUCGUUUGGAGUGUUUUAUUUGAUUGCUACCUAACGGAUGGUUUGAAAAAAGAUAAGUACUGUUAAGAGGCAAAUAAAGUUUAGUAAUGUAUGUACUGAAGACAGUAAUUUGUUUUCUGCGGUUUUCGGUUCAGGCCAAUGCCACAGUGGCGAAUACUACGGGAGACUAGUAUUUUCGUAAAAUACUCAAUUUGUGGCAUGUUUUUUUGCAAACCAAAGCCUGAACAUUUUAAUUAGGCAAAAAAUAUAUGGGUUUCCUAUUUCUUCUUGUAAAAACUUAGGUAGGGUAGGUCCUGCCUCGUACCCAGGCGCUAUGUGUUGUUCUAUGUGGCUUGCGCGGCCUUUGCGUGGGCCGCGUGGAUUAAUUUGAUCGAUUUCCGAAUUUUCCGUUUUUAGUGUGAAGUUUCUUCGAAACUUCACAGUAUUGUGAUGACUGGGGGGGGGGGGAAUUCAAACGAAUCAGUCAGUCAUUCAUUCAGUCAUUCAUUCAGUCAGUCAUACAGUAAACUUUCCGGGGGGUGUAGACGAUUUAUGUUCGUAGUGAUUUAUUGUACUUAGUCAGUGUUUUGAAGGUUAUUUAGGCAAUUUCAGUUGUCGUCUUUAAAUAUCCUUUUGGACUUUUGCCAAGUUCACAAAAAUUUCGACGAAUCGUUGUCGUUAUGCAAAUUUUAUAACAUUCGCUUCUCGUCGGUUUUUCGUGUUGUGUAAACUGAAGGAGCGAGGCAGUGUUGUUUUCAAAUAUAUAAAUAUUUUAGACAUGAGUAUUUAAUACUAUUACAGCUAGUAAAUCUUUGAGAAUCUGCGCAAUAUAUAAAUCGAUGUUAUGCAUUAUGGGCAUUCAAUCGAUUACCGAUAUUAUUUUAUAGACAUUUCAUUUUCAGAAUUCAGACGUAUUAAAUAUUGAGAAAAUCUUUGAGAUUCUAGGCAUUCAAUUAAGUGUCGAUAUUAUUUUGACGGUAUAUUCAUUAUACAGAGCUAGCAAGGAGCCAUACGGUUUUUUUUCAAAUAUAUAAACAUUUCAGACAUGAAUAUCUUGGAUUCUACGCAAUAUAUAAAUUGAUGUUUUGUAUUUACCGGCAUUCAAUUAAUUAAUAUUUUAAGUGCCGAUAUAUAUUAUUUAUAUUCAUUAAAACAUCGACUGUAUAUUAAAGGUGCUACACUGCUACACUCAGUACAAAGAGCGAAAACUUGCAUCAGUCAGUAGCGUAAACAACUAUUAAACAGAAGCGGUCUUUGUAUCAUUGUAUGGCGUUAUAAUACGAAGAAAAUAUAACCAUCAAAAUAACUUGUUGCGAGACUAAAGCCUGUUGCGAGACUAAAGAAAAUCUCUUGACUCGUCAGAGCUCUUUAUUCAAACGAGAAAGACGAGGAAAUAGCCAACGUAUAUCGCUUUACAGUAUGAAAUAUACAGUCACGGGCCUUGUUCACAUGUCUGGCACAACGGUGCAAACUCGUGUUCAAUGCAGUAUUUAAUGCAAUGAGAACUCUACCAUAUCUUACAAGAAUAUAUCUGUAUCAAAGCUUUAUCAAGACUGCUAUAAACACUGCUAUAACUGUGAAACUAUUGACAUCUAAAGUGAAAUUAUUGAAUACUUGCGAAAAGCUGAAAAUGACUCAUGAAAAGCAACUUGAUCUUGGGAAUAUAAAGUCAAAGGUCAAUGAGACUUGUUGUGAAACAUUCACAAAUCACAAUUAGGUUAAAAUGCGGAAGCGGAUGAGGAACGGAGCGGAUCCACGGAACGGAUAUCGCCUUGGGGAUAAAGUACGUCCUUUUAAUGAUGCAACGUCGUAGUGCUUAUCAUUCAUAACAUAUCUUUAAUCCUGUACAGCUACAGGUAUUUCAAUUAAAGUUGUCACUGAGACAAUAGUCAAAUGCAAUAUGGGCGCUAAAUUAAGGAUCAUGGGAAUAAUCAUAGUUUUAAAUAAGUUUAGCAUAUCAGUAGCCUCGUGGGGAUGCUUUUAGCGACAGCUCCCAAAGCAAAUGUAGUUUUAGAAUAUGCAAAAUUUGGUUGUUGGUGAAACAAUUUAAGUUUCGAGUUGUCGCGUGCAGCAUCACAAUAAAUAAAUAAAUUGUAUCAGUUCCACGAGGCACGACAUUUUUGAUGUGUUAGCCAGUUGUUUCAAACGUCUCGCUAUUCAUGUGCGGAACGCAUUACAGACAAUACUGUCAAUAGAUGAGAUGAAAUGCCUUUGGUAACUGUUUAUUUCGUAGUGUAAGCCAUCAGCUUUUCUAGGUUGUCGGUGACCCUAUAUAGUUCUUGCAGUGUCUUUUUCAAUUUGAAACUUCACACUAUCCUUGUAUCCCUAGUUCUCCCUCGCGUGCCGUCACACGUGCGCUUAAUGACGUAAACAAACCAAAGCGCCUGGGUACGAGGCUGGGGUAGGUCGGUUUAAACGUUUUUUAAAUUUUCCUAACAACCGGACGCCAUGUUUGUAUGGUCAGUGCUUCCACAUCCAAAGAUAAAUUUCCCUAAUAUUGCCUCAAAUUACCAUUUUCCACAAACGUUUUCAUUUAAGUGGAAACACUUACAAGCAUGAUCCAACAAACACGUUUAGGGUCGGGAUUUCGGCGUCCAAAAGCUACGUAGGGUCGGGAAACCGGAAACCCACAUAUUCUUUUUGGGCCUUAACAGAAUUAUCGUUAAAUGUCAUCCGAAAAAGGUUUGAGCCUUUGAGGACGACUCGUCCUCAGUCACUCUUCCCGCGUUGAAUGAUGGGAAUUUUCACGGACCUAUGACCACAGAGUGCUAUGACGCAGGUACAUGGGAAUUCGCGUCCUACAGUUUAUUCUGGAAGCGCCUGCCUUUUCACAGCAAAUUUGAGGGACUGUGGAAGGGUCAGGUUUGAGAAUGUUUAUAGCAACAAACAAAGGUGGAAUAUGUUGGCAUCAUUAAUCCGCUCCAAUAGUUAUUUUAACUUUAUUGAAAUCAAUGUUCAAACGGCAACGACCAUGCGAGGCACUCUCCCAUUUCAAUUAGAUUUACAAAGAUAAUAAUAUACAAGCACACGUACAUAAUAAGAACAAUUACAACCAUCCACAAUUGAUAAAAAAACUUAUUUCAAAUAUAUCUAAUCACCUUAGGCUAAGGCAUUACUUUCAAUGCUCAUGUAUUAAUAAUGUACCAUAAAACAUUGAAAAUAUUCAUAUAAUUUAAAGGUGGGUGAGCCGAGACCGUAAAAUGAUGCGUUGUUGAUUGUAUAAUAUUUCGUGAAGUGCAACUACUUUGUAUAGAAGGUGGCAGGUUUUGAAGAAUGAAGUCGUGCAGUAUAAGGCAAAAGCAAGAGAGGCUAAAUUUCAGAAAGGCUAAAUUUCAGAAAGGCUUGUGUCGACUUUGAACAUGAAGUAUUUAUGUAAUGUCUUACAAUUUUCGAGAUAUUUUUGUCACAUAUACAUAGGCUAGUGGCGUUGUUGGCACCUUCUCAAAUCAAAGGUUCCUAUCAAGUUGGGGGACGUAAUGCCCUCUACCGUCUCCUCUGUGUGCAGACAAAUUGCUUAUCAUAAAGGUUUUCAUUUAGGUGCUGGCGGUGGGAUAGGUCGAACGAUAUGUCAACGAUUUGCACGCGAAGGAGCUUCCGUGAUUGCGGCUGAUAUCGAUGGACCUAACGCACUGGAGACGGCCAAGACCUUAACUGACUUGGGAGGCGGUGAUGCCCGUCAUUCUCAUUAUGAAUUAGAUGUUACAUCUUCAGAUCAUGUGGAACAGCUCAUGGCAGAUAUAAAGAAAGAUUACGCAACACAUCCAUGUAUAUCUGUCAACGGUCAUGGUAUUACUCGAGAUGAUUUUCUUAUAAAGAUGAGCGAAGAGUCUUUUAAUCAAGUUAUCAACGUCAACCUUAAGGUAAUUUUAUUUUAAUGUUAGUUUUACUACUACAGUGUUCCAUACGCUAAAAUUUAGUGUCCCUAGGCCUUACCUCAGAAUGUAUUCUGGAUAGUGUUGUGCGUCGGAGGCCAGAGUUCUGCGGACGCUCGACGCUGCGCGCCUCGGUGAAUAGAUCACAUAUCCCCUCGUUGCCUCAAAAUAAUCUAUGCAUAUAAAUUUGUUUGAAUUUAUAUUGAUCCAGCUGAACUGUAGUGCAUGGGGUGUUAUGAUUGGGGAAGACGCGGUGUAGGAGAGAGAAUGAUUUAGUAAAUUUGUUGUCUUUCAGGGCACAUUUCUUAUGAUCCAAGCAGCUGCGAAAGGCAUGAUUGAAUCAAAAGUGGAGAAUGGUUCAAUUGUUAGCAUUGGAAGUAUUUCUGGCAAGGUAACUAAGAUGUUUUAAACAGAAUCAUAUGUUGGUACGUGCAGGGGUUACACAUCGAAGCCGUUUUGUCAAUAGUAAAUGACGAAGAAAUGUGUAUUUUUAAUUUUUUUCCAAAUAAUCACCUAUGAAAUUAUACUAAAACAAUUAUUCACCUCAGACUCGGUGAUAAUCGUGAAUAUAAAAACCUCGAUUUCGUCUUGGUUUUUAUACACCGAUAAUCACCUCGCCUUCGGCGAAUAAUUGUUAAUUAGCAUUUAUAUCAUUAUUACGAGUGUUCACCAAAAAUUUUGAAUCAAUAUGAUUAAUUCCUCCUGAGUUACAGCGUCUUGAAAAACAAACGUGCUGACCUCAGCAUUAUUUUUUGAACGCCAUCAGAACUGUGUUAUACACAAAAUUUAGUUAAAAUUGACCAUUUUAUACCACCAAGCAUUUAUCCAAAAAUCAAAAGCUAAAAUUAAGGCAACUUUGAGCCAGUUGUUUAUAUCAGGUAAGAAGUCCCGUCUUAACCAUAACCAAUAAUUUUUAACUAAAUUUUGUCUAUAAAAGGCUCGUUCACACUUGCAAUUUUAACUGCGAUUUUUGCUGCGACUUUCUUCUGAUGAUGUAUGUGAACGAGUGGAUAAGUUAUGAAUGCUCUGAUGAGGAUACAUAUACUCCGAACAUUCGUAACUCAUCUACUCCUUCACAUGCAUUAGAAGGAGGAAAUCGCUGUAGAAAUCGCAGCAAAAAUUGCAAGUGUAAACGGGCCUUUAACACAGUUCUGAAGGCGUUCGAAAUAAUGCUGACGUCAGCACUUUUGUUUUUCAAGAUAUUGAUUCACAAUUUUUGAUCAACACUCGUGAUAAUAUAAACAACAUAUAAAACUUCCAGUAUAUAUAGAGUUAUUGUUUGUUACUUACCAAAUGCACUCUCCUCCGCAGAGGCUUUGUAGUCUGUUUUCUUUCUAUAUUGUAGUUUGUUUUCUUUCUAUAUAUAAAGUUUGACUUGCGGGCAGUAGCGGGCUAAUCAAAGAAGUGGGCGCGCGGGGGGAGCAAUCGCGCGGGGUUAAAAGGGUGCAUCGUGGACAUUUGGAGAUAAUAGGGAAUCUUAAAAGGGGCAUCGUGGACAUUUGGAGAUAAUAGGGAAUCACACUACCAAGCUCGCGGGGGAAAGACGGCCGCUACUGCCCGCAAGUCAAACUUUAUAUAUAGAAAGAAAACAAACUACAAUAUAGAAAGAAAACAAACUACAAAGCCUCUGCGGAGGAGUGUACCAAAUGGGAAAGAUCCAUCACUUUUGUUAUAAAAUAUGUUGUCAUACGUCCAUGUUUAUAAACAGUCGCAUGGCUACCAUCGGAAAAUAUUGUGAUGUUCCGGUAUAUUCCGGGAAAAUGUCGUGAUAUUCCGUGAUAUUCCGCCAUAUUCCGUGAUAUUCCGGCAUUCCGGGUUUUCACAACGCCCUCAAUCAGAUUCGCGUAUUUUAGAGGACUUCCUCGAAGAUAAUCUAGUCGUUAUUUUGUUUUAUUUAUUCUACAUUGUCUGAUCGUUUGUUAUAAUUCCUUAGUCUAACCCUAACUGCAACUAUAUUAGACCUUCUGACUGGGAUCGAACCUGCGACCCUGCGAUUCGGGUGCAGCGCUCUAACCAACUAGAGGGCCUAUAGUUGCAUUUUUCGCCGCUGUUUCUGGUUAGGUUUACUUAAAUGUACAAAAUGUACACUCGCAAUUUCCAUCUAAUGGUAAUAAUCAAGUUGUUAUGUGGAUAUCCAUGCCAACGUUAUUGUUAUAGGUCAUUUGGGGCAUGUGGAGCUCAAAACUGAACUGUUUUGUGUUGUUUUUCUUCUUUAUCUGGUAUUUUAAUAUUUUCUAAUAUUGUAUCUGCAGGUUGGAAAUCUUGGUCAAGCUAACUAUGUUGCUUCUAAAGCAGCCAUAGACGCCAUGAGUAGGACGUGUGCGAAGGAACUAGCCCUGUGAGUUUUUAGAUAAAGUACUGUUGAAGAAUUUUACUAAAUUUAAAGACUUUCAGUAAGUUAUUGGUAAACCCCAGGGCGAACCUUUUAGCCAUGAAAGAAGCAUGCAACUAUAAUACUAACACGAGUAUUUUACUAUAGUGUUAUAGCUUUUUAUAACCCAUCAAGUUGAACCACAUGCAUAUCCCGUCGUGCUAGAUUGCAGAGUUUGGUAGUUUUCAACGAGAUCUCGAGGGCACAAUAUCUAUGUCCGUUCCCAUGAGCGCUUCUAGAGCCCGUCGAGGUCAUAAACGUGACCAAACAGGUUAUUAAAACAAGAAAAAUUAGAGUUUGUGGCAGAUUAGAGUACGAAAAUUGUUAUGAAUCACUGAUUGGUAAUGUUUUUACACAAUAGUUUCCUUAAGAAAAGUCUCGAUCGGGAUGACCAACUCUGCAGUCUGGCUGUCGUGCAUGUCAGCUACGUUAGAAUAUACUCCACAUAGCGUUUCUUCUUUUGCGACGACAGUUACUGAUGCGUCUUUUUUCUUUUCUCAAGGUAUGGGAUCAGGUGUAACGUUAUACUACCAGGUUUCAUACAGACGCCAAUGCUAAAUACUAUCCCUUCUAAAUUAAUAAAAAAGGUUAGGGUUCAUUUUGUUAUUAUCAUAUAAUUUUCUUUUGGAGUGUGUCAGAGCCAUUAUAUAGCCAGGUUUCCAUCCAGAUGGGAGAGAGAUUGGCUCGGGAGCGGCUGAAACACUAUACCAUACGGGCCUAAAUUCAACCGUAGUUUUUCAUCGUGUGAAACCUAUGCUAGUUCAGUUAAUCUUCAGGGCUCCUUGAAUUUGUAAAUUGAAAUUUAUAAUGUAAAUUUUAUACCGUUGAUUUCGAGCAGCUGUCAAGAAUGCAACUAUAGCUCAGUUGGUUAGAGCGCUGCACUGGAAUCGCAGGGCUGCAUGUUCGAUUCCUGCCAAAGUGCAUAUAACAUUUUUCGUAGCUGCUACUGGUUAGGUCUAAGUAAAUGUAUAAAAUUUACACUCAAAAUUUCCAUCUACAAAAUCCCUUCAACAUCAGUUCAAUCGAAUGAGACGCCCAAAAAUCCUGAUGUUUAUAGUGGCAACACAAGUUUUAUCACAUUUGAAAUCAGUGUGGCCACUAUAUAUUCUGAUUUUUUCUUGUAGUUUACAUCAGCAAUACCUCUUCGCCGGCUGGGAAGCUCCGAGGGUAAUUAUGAUUUUACAGUCCUGAGUCAACGUUGUAGGGAAUUGAAUGUUUAGAUUUGCAAAUUAUGCUCCUUUAUUAUAUGGCAAGCAUCACUUCCGGUGAAAUGGCGGACUGUGAUUGGCUGAGAAGCACUUUCAGCGGUCCAUUAUUUUCCCAUAAUGGUCCAUUACGUAAAAACAAACCGCAUGCAUUACUUGACGACUGCUUUAAGCUGAUUGGUUGAUUUUAGGUCCCAUUGUUUUUUUCACCAAUCAGAUCAGUUUGUUACAGAAUUUUGCACUGCUGUUUCAGAUUAAUUGCACUCGAAUCAACCAAUCACAGUCGAGCAAUACGUUUAUGCAUAUUAUUAAUUAAUUAUUAUAUGGCAAGCAUCACUUCCGGUGAAAUGGUGGACUGUGGUUGGCUGAGAAGCACUUUCAACGGUACAUUAUUUUCUCGUAAUGGACCGCCGGUCCAUUACGUAAAAACAAACCGCAAGCAUUUUAAAACAAAACAGCAAAACUAAUUGAAAAUUAUAAUUUAAUUUGUUAUUAGUAACAUAUCUGCGAAUGGUUUUUGGUGGAAAAAGGAAUACAUUGGUAUUUUUUGUUUUGUUCGACCAAAUGUGUACCACGCUACUAAUAUGCAUUUCAAAUCUUGCAUUUCUUGUUUGUUUCGAGUAUAAAUGCCUAUAAAUGCCAUAUAAUAAACUUACUAACCUCGCUUGCUCGAUAUGUACAGAGAAAUAUCGGACCAACCUCGUUCCCAGGGCUUCAGUGUGAGGACGAGGCGAGACACGAGGAAGCCCUGGUCCGGGCCGGUCACGUGACGUCAAAAAAUGGCAGUAUUUGACAGCUACUCGUCAAGGAGUGGCGAGAUAUUCUUUAAUGAAAUAUACAAGUCUUCGAAACAAAUAAAUAGCCAAAAGACUUCUCAAUCGAUAUUAUUUAUGUGUAGAUCGAAGUUUGACACGAAUCAGCUAAAAUCUAUGAAGAUCCCGUCUAUGUUUUCUAAGAUAUACCGAUAUUUCUGGAGAUUUUCAACUACAGGCAAAGCUCUGCAUUCAAGCUGCAUCUAGACGUCUCCAUGCAAGUGGUGAUUCACACGAAAUUUCCUUUCUCUCGUCUUGAACAAUAUGGCUAUUGCUAUAAUUAAUAUUUAGUUUAAAUAUACUCUUCUAGAUCUGACUUAGUUCAAUAUAUUAAAUAAACACAAAUAUAAAACCUCGCGUAACCUGUUUACGCUGUACAGGAAUAUACGGUUCGCUUGUUUCGCCGGACACCAACACUUGCCGUUCAGGAGCAAUGCUUGCCUACAAAUUUUAUCCCCUUCACAAUCUUUGUUUUAUUUUAUCGUAUAGUCGCAAUUUUCAAGAGUAUUCGAGGUAUUCUGGAACUGAAAAACUGGGUGGCGUGCGAAUCUUGUAGAGACUACAUCGGCCUAGGCGUAGAGCUAUUAAGUAAACAGGGCCUAAAUUAAUUUAGUAGUUUCAUUUAAUUGUUUGUCUUGCUUUUAUUUGUCAGUACAGAAUAUUGUAAAUUAAGAUACUACUACAAUGCAAUACGCGUAGUAUUUCAUCAGACAUCUGCACUAAUAAAUACUGUACAAGGAAAUAGUAGACAUUUCUUGUUUUGUCAGGAAACAUCACAGCUCACUUCGACACGGCUUUUGAGUUUUGUAACCGGCCGAGGCGAAAGUAAAUCGUGCAGUCGGGAAAACGUCUUACUUUGAAAGAUUAUUUUGCAAAGCAUACUCGUACACACAAGAAUCAUAAAAAUACAAAUGUUGAAUUGUAUUGUAAUUUGUUAUUGUCAACCGUCAAGUUCAGUUAUUUUUAGACAAUAUGGUGUUAGCCAAUCAGAAUGCAAAAGUGACCGGCCCGGACCAGGGCUUCCUCGUGUCUCGCCUCGUCCUCACACUGAAGCCCUGGGAACGAGGUUGAUAUCGGACCUCAGUCUUUUUGUACAAAUCUCGCCUUACGGGCUCGGUCUGUACAGAAAAGACCUCGGUCCGAUAUUCCUCUGUACAGACCUCGCGUUCGGUUAAUAGAAGUUCUUAAUUUCGAGUAAUGUGUAUAUCGAUUAUGAAGAUUUGGAUUUUUAGUAGUGAAUUACUGUGUAUUAUUAUUUAGAUGUAGCGAAGGCUGCUUAUUUCCUAGCCUCGACAGAGAGCAGUUAUAUAACUGGGGCAAGCAUAGAAGUUACUGGUAGGUGGAAACUAAAUUUUAGUUUUAAUACUAAUUUAUAUAAUUAAGCACUUGUUUGAAACUUUGAGUGUACUGUUCGUCAUAGUUUCCAAACGCUACAAAACGGCAGAGGGUGGUAACGGGGAUUCUGAGGGAUAAUUGAGGCAUGUAUUUCUAAAAACUCGCCAACGUUGUAUUUCUGCCAAGUAUUGCGUAGUUCCGUUGUUUACAAGAGUUACCUCCGGAGAAGGCUAGGCUAUACAUAGACAAUAUUAAUAACAUAAAAGACCUUGGUCCGAUAUUUCUCUGUACAGACGUCGCGUUCGGUUAAUAAGAAGUUCGUGAUAUAUAAGAGUAACCAUAGUUGAUAUAUGGUUACUUAACUAUAGAAUCAUAACUAAAGUAUUUACAGUUACGGUUACCUGCCCUGAGUAUAGUAUGUUUUUUACAAAUGUUUUUUACAAAGUCACUCGAAACAGCUUCAUUAUUGGGCUUAAGCAUGUAGGAUGGCAACACGACGACGACGGCCAAAACAAAUUCCUUCAAAUAAAUGAUAGUAAAGAAAACUUGUCGUAUAUUAUAAUUUGUAUGAAUUUAAUACAGUAUAAGAAGCUGAAAACAUUGGCUUUAUGUUUGGGAAGAGUUCUACUGACCGAAUUUUAAGUUGCACUUGUUACGCCUUGAAAUGCAGGCGUUGUAUAAAAGACGUGAAAAUCUGUGAUUUGCCGUUGUAAACAGAACGACGACUACGUCUGAAACUCCCCUGGGACUUUAAUUAUUUCUUUUCAUUGACUCAUUGUAUUGGUUGCCGUCGUCGUUGCCGUCCUACAUGCUUAUUAGAGAGUUUGGCAACCUAGAACGACAACGGCAACAGGGAAAAUAUAAUUGCUUAUAUUGUUGUAUUUGAGCCAAAGUACACGUUACUACACUUAAUUUGCCUCUUUAAGUAUUCCUGUUUCUUUCAAACGUACCCUUAAGUAAAAAUAGUCCGCGAAUUCAAAUAAAACACCUCAAGUAACAUCGAACGAAUUAACUUUUGCCAUAGUUAUGCGCCGUGAAAAUGUGCAAAUCACGUACUAGUUUCAACAACUACGGCAUUGCACAACGCUUAAUACCAUGUACUUUACAUUCGCCUUUGUCUUUAAGGAUUAAUGCUAUUGAUGACCAUAUUGCCGUUGCCCUUGUAUUUGCCAAACUCUCCAAUGUUAAGCUCCCUAUUGCUGGAAGGAAGACACAGUAUGCACCGACAAUAUAAAACUUACACAUUUCUUUUUACUUUGUAGGAGGAAUCUUUAUGUAAAGAGAACUCUAAACUUGUUAUAUAGUAAUUAUAUAUUAACUUCAUAUACUAUAUUUUAUCUAAGUAAAUAACUGAAUAAAUAUGUAUAAUUGUGUAUAUAUUAUAAUGUUUGUGAGUAAAAACACCAAUUUUUGCGGCAAAUAUACAAAAUCAUCAAUUGAUAAGCACAGAAACCUUGUUUAUUUUAGUGGAACCUUGUUUAUAAGAAACCUUGUUUAUUUUACAGGAAAAAGUGUUUUUAUAUUCAUUCUAUACAGCACAAUAACACAACACUGC